UUUGCGCUUAAGGAGUGGUGGUCUGGCUUGGAAUUUACUUCGCUUUGCCUUCAGCUAGGAGCUGAGAACGCGGACAGUAUCGGUGCUGUGCUGAACAGCAAAGAUGACCAGCGGGAAAUUGCUGAAACAAGAGAAACGUGCAGGGCUGCUUAUGAUACAUCUGCACCAAAUGCAAAACGCAAAUAUCCAGAUGAGGGAGAAGCUGAUGAAGAAGACCUUGAAGAAUAUAAGGAUGAGGUAGAACUGCAGCAGGAUGAAGAGAACCUACCAUAUGAAGAGGAGAUUUACAAAGAUUCAAGUACUUUUCUUAAGGGCACUCAAAGCUUAAAUCCCCACAAUGAUUACUGCCAGCACUUUGUGGAUACAGGACACAGACCCCAGAACUUCAUCAGAGAUGUGGGCUUAGCAGAUAGGUUUGAAGAAUAUCCAAAACUUAGAGAGCUCAUCAGACUGAAGGAUGAGCUGAUAUCUAAAUCUAACACUCCUCCCAUGUACUUACAGGCAGACUUGGAAGCUUUUGAUAUUAGAGAACUGAAGUCCAAAUUUGAUGUGAUUCUUUUGGAACCACCAUUGGAAGAAUACUAUCGAGAGACUGGCAUUACUGCCAAUGAGAAAUGCUGGACCUGGGAUGAUAUCAUGAAACUGGAAAUUGAAGAGAUUGCAGCGCCAAGGUCAUUUGUAUUUCUGUGGUGCGGCUCAGGAGAGGGUCUAGACCUUGGCAGAGUGUGUCUACGCAAAUGGGGUUACAGAAGAUGUGAGGACAUUUGUUGGAUUAAAACCAAUAAAAACAAUCCUGGAAAGACAAAGACUCUAGACCCUAAGGCUGUUUUCCAAAGGACCAAGGAGCACUGCCUCAUGGGCAUCAAGGGAACUGUGCGUCGCAGCACAGAUGGGGACUUCAUCCACGCGAAUGUUGACAUUGACCUCAUCAUCACAGAAGAGCCUGAAAUCGGCAACAUAGAAAAACCUGUGGAGAUUUUUCACAUCAUUGAGCAUUUCUGCCUCGGGCGACGGCGUCUUCAUCUUUUCGGGAGGGACAGCACAAUCCGACCAGGCUGGCUGACUGUAGGACCCACCCUCACGAACAGCAACUUCAAUGCAGAAACCUACGCCUCGUACUUUGCCGCUCCCAACUCCCACCUCACUGGCUGCACGGAGGAGAUCGAGAGACUGCGGCCCAAGUCACCGCCGCCCAAGUCCAAGUCUGACCGGGGCGGUGGGGCCCCCCGGGGGGGAACGGCCGCAGGCCGAGGAGAAAGGGGCCGCGAGAGGAACAGAACUAACUUCCGGGGUGAGCGGGGUGGCUUCCGAGGGGGGCGCGGAGGGACCCACAGGGGCGGCUUCCCCACGCGCUGA